AUGGCCGGAGGUGUGUUCACAACAGCUUUUGGCAUCAUGCUGUCGCUGUAUGAACGCGAGGAGACUGGAAAAGGCAAGAUUAUUGACGUCAGCAUUGCUGACGGAGUCUCCUACGUUUCUUCGCACUUUUUGGCCUCGCGUCAAGUUAGUCAGCAAACCUCGACUGCCACCUUUUCUUCAGCGCUGUGGCCCAAUAUUGCCAAACAGUGUGCCAAUCUGCUCGAUGGUGGGGCUCCUUUUUACCGGACCUAUGAGACGAAGGAUAAGAAGUACAUUGCCGUAGGCGCCAUCGAGCCACAUUUCUACGCCAAUCUACUGAAGGAGCUUGGCGUUCCCCCAGCCACGGCACCACAGAUGGAUCGCAUUGCCUGGCCGCGGAUCUCCGCCCUCUUCUCAGGUAUUUUUAUCACCGAAACCCGUGAAUACUGGAUUAGCCGGAAGAACUUGGUACAGUCCGCCUGCGUGAGUCCUGUCUGGAGUCCGGAGGAGGCAAUCGCAAACCGACCGGCGCACACAAUGCGCCACAUGCGUUUCUCUGUUUCGCCCCUGUCAGGCGGCGCUAAAAAUAAGAAUUUCUCUGUUCUGGUCCCCUCCUUGUGUCCGCUUCUCUCGGACUUUCCUGCCGAGGACAAAUGA